AUGAGAACGAGCUUCGGCAAUCCCUUGACUCGCGAGAAACAUCUGCUGAAUCACGAUAAAACCGCCUCUGGUACAAGAAGAAGAGAGGGCGAGACCCCUUUGCCGCGAGAAGAGAUUAAAUUAAAAAGCGUCGUUCCGCCGGAUUCCUUGCGAAACGUGGAAGAUUACGCGAGGGAGCACGAGGAGGCCUCGAGGAACAUACAGCAGUACCUGUCGAAUCCGAUCAACGCGUAUCUGUUGGUGAAAAGGCUGACCACCGAUUGGAAACGGGUGGAGGAGCUGAUCACCCAGGACGUGGGCAAGUCGUUCGUCGCUAAUAUCACCAGUUCAAGGAGCGACCUGAAAUUCCCAACUGACGAGGACCUUAACGGCGCGGCUGUCGCUUUGAUGAGGCUGCAGGACACGUACAAACUCGAGACUGCACAGGUCGCCAGGGGCGUGUUGAAUGGCGUUCAGUAUAGCACCGGAUUAAGCGCCAGCGAUUGUUUCGAACUUGGGAGACAAUCUUAUCACAAUCGUGAUUACUAUCACACCGUCCUUUGGAUGCAAGAAGCCAUGGACCGUCUUCAGGAGGAACAAAACGCCACCACUACCUCGAAGCCAGACAUAUUAGAAUAUUUGGCGUUCUCAACUUACAUGCAAGGGAAUGUGGCGCGUGCUUUAAGUAUGACGAACGAGCUGCUGGAGCUGGUACCGACCCACGAACGUGCUCUGGGCAAUCGAGCUUACUAUCAAAAGGAAAUCCAGAGCAAAGCUAACCAGUCGAAAAAGAAACGCGGCGAGGAUGGCCAAGACGACACUGCUGUACCUGCUCAACAUUUCACUGUCGCGGAAGAGAAAGUGAAAACCUGGGAGGAAAUGACGGAAAGGGAACGCUACGAGAUGCUGUGCCGCGGAGAGGUAUCGAUCACCCCGGAAGUGCAGAAGAACCUCAAGUGCCGUUACGUGGAUCGUGGAAUCCCAUUUCUGAAGAUUGCGCCAUUCAAGGAAGAGGAGGCCUAUCUGGACCCGAGAAUAGUCGUUUAUCAUAACGUGAUAUACGACGAGGAGAUCGAGACGAUUAAAAGAAUGGCACAGCCUCGGUUCAAACGUGCCACGGUGCAGAACUAUAAAACUGGUGCCUUAGAGAUAGCGAAUUAUAGGAUUAGUAAGAGCGCGUGGCUUCAGGAACACGAGCAUAAACACGUGGCGGCUGUGAGCAGGCGUGUCGAACACAUGACGAGUAUGACCGUCGAUACGGCUGAAGAAUUGCAAGUAGUUAAUUAUGGUAUCGGUGGUCAUUACGAGCCACAUUUUGAUUUCGCGCGGAUGAGCGACGUGGAACAAGGUGGUGGCACAGUUUUCACCGCAAUCAACAUCUCGCUAUGGCCGAAGAAAGGCAGCGCUGCCUUCUGGUAUAAUCUGAAACCAAACGGCGAGGGAGAUUUCAAAACCAGGCACGCGGCUUGUCCUGUUCUUACCGGUUCUAAAUGGGGUAUGCCAACCAUCAACUAACCUAAUUAUCAGCCAUAAGACCGUAGAUUACCAAUAAUUACCGAUAAGUAAAUUGCAUUAAAAAAAAAAAAAAAAAUACGUAUAAACAUGCGACGCGAUAUUUCUUUCAGUGGCAAACAAGUGGCUUCACGAAAGAGGACAAGAAUUUCUAAGGCCGUGCACCCUCGAAAAUCAAACAGCCGACGAAGCUGAUGUCAGGCACUGA